CCGCCCGCUCCGCCAUGUUGUUUCUGCCUUCCCGAGGGGCCGGCGGCGGCUUCGGGCAGCGGUGCAGCCGGGGCUCGGCACCGGGAGCGGCACCGGCGGCAGCCCCCUUUCUGCGGGCAGGCCUAGGAAACCAGGAGGAUCUAUUUGCGUAACAAUGGCAGCAAAAUCAUCACUCCUUAAAGUAAUACUGCUAGGAGAUGGUGGAGUUGGGAAGAGUUCCCUUAUGAACAGAUACGUCACCAACAAGUUCGAUGCACAGCUGUUUCACACGAUAGGCGUGGAAUUCUUAAACAAAGAGUUGGAAGUCGAUGGACACUUUGUUACAAUGCAGAUCUGGGACACGGCAGGUCAGGAACGUUUUAGGAGCUUGCGGACUCCUUUCUAUAGAGGUUCUGACUGUUGCCUGUUAACCUUCAGCGUGGAUGACUCUCAAAGCUUCCAAAACUUAAGCAACUGGAAGAAAGAAUUCAUUUAUUACGCAGAUGUCAAGGAGCCUGAAAGCUUUCCAUUUGUGAUACUGGGUAACAAAGUCGAUAUCGAUGAAAGGCAAGUGUCUACAGAAGAAGCUCAAGACUGGUGCAGGAAUAAUGGCAACCAUCCCUAUUUUGAAACCAGCGCGAAAGAUGCCACUAACGUAGCAGCAGCCUUUGAAGAAGCCGUUAGAAGAGUUCUAGCCUCUGAAGAUAGAUCAGAUCACUUUAUUCAAACAGAUACAGUAAACCUUCAACGGAAACCGAAACCCACUUCAUCUUGUUGUUGACUUAAAUAUUCUUUUUUUUUUGGCCAAAUUACUUUUGACUAGCUUGCUCUAUAAAAGGAUGGGGAAGGUGUAGUAGAUAAAACAGCAAAUGGGUUUCACUCUAGUAUUAAAAUUGUAAUGUUCUGCUGCUUUCUUGAAGGAGCAAAAGAAGAAUUUCCAUUCAUGAGUGACUCAGCAUUGAAUUAGUGACACUUUCUGUUUAGGAAGGUGUCGAGUAAAAAUAUUAAUAAGAAUGUAAUUUGCCAACUUUAUUCAAAUGAUAAAUACUUUGAAUAUAAUUAAAAACUUGAAAGUUCUAGAAGCACUACUUUGGAGAAACUGUUCUGGAAUUCAGGCACAAAGAAACUUUUAUAUGUGUAUAUUUUUAUGAAAUCGGCAUUCCAUUUUUGUUUCAGUAGAAGUCAGUUUCUUAACAAUGCUAGAUAUUAAACUUCAGUCUCACUACAUUCCUUUUGUUGUGAGUGGUACUUCCAUCUCUAAUGUGUUUAUUGUAAGUUAUAUAAAUUAACUUCAGGUCUUCUCUAAUUGCCUAAUGUUGCUAUAAUUUGUGUAGGCUUUAAGGUAGGAAAUAAAUUUCCUACAUAUUUAAUGUCUAUUUUCCUUUCACUUACUAUUCUAAUGCUGUACUAACUUUUCCAGCAGUUGAAUUCAAGAUACUGAUACUUUAAGUUUAUACAUGUCUUUGCCUUAAGUCCCACUCUAGCAUGUUUCUGAUCAAUAAGCUAAAAAGAAAAAUCUCAGUAACUGAAGUAUAACGGUUUUUAGUUACGAAAAAGAUAUGCUUUUCAUUCAGCCAGCUUCAGUAGCACUUGAUGGGAUCCACAUUAUGAGAAAUUUGUGAGAGAACUUUUUAGUAUACAGCCUUAAAGUUCCCAACUUCUUGUUCCUAUUAAGCUGAGCGAUGAAUGUGUUUACCAGUAAUCUCUGCACUGUGAAACUAAGGAUUGGCAAUAUGUAGAGAACUCAGGAAGCUCUUGAUUUACAGUAGAUUGUGACAGCUUUCAGCCCUAAUACAAAUAAAUACCUACAGCUAGUGUUUGAGCAGAAUUUGAUUCUUAUUUAAUUUGUUCUUUUAAGAUAUGGACAUACACAUUUAAGGUGAUGCUUUCUAUAUUGCUGUACUCAUUGCAUAACAACGAAUAGAAGCAAAUACUCUAUUUAAUGAACAAUCUUUCUGUAGAUAUGCAGGUGAAACCAUGGAGGUUGUAUCUGAGGCUCUCCAUUGCAGUUAAAGUGGUAGAACACUUGUCUGAGAGGUAGUACUGUUUGAGUACCUACCAGCUGUCCUUGUAAUAGCAACCUUGAUGGUGCACUAUUGCUUUGCUGUGUAAUCUGACUGCUAACAGGCAUGCACGGACACAUGUCCUGGACUUCAGAAGGAAGUCUGAGGCCUCUGAGAUAGGCCAUGUUAUUCACUAAACUACACAGAAUCUGCUUUCUGAACAGCAACUUUUUUGUUCCAAUAGAAAAGCAUUUAUUGAGAGUACAGUAACAGGAAGAGUUUUCUCUUAACGUGUCUGUUCAGUCUGUACAAGGUGUAACUAUUUGGAAGUAAAGCUUGCAAAACAAA